GUUCUGGUCAGGUUGUUUAUUCUGGUUCCAACGGGACUGUCUCUGUCGUGAGAGAGGACAGUCUUUGGGUCAGACAGGGGGUCUGGCUCUCAAAAACCGUUGUCCCCGGGAGACGUCCCGGGGUCGGGGAAAUUGAUCUCUAGCUGAGAUCAUUUCCAUCUGUUCUGGUCAGGUUUUAUAUGACUCCGUCGCCUGUCACAAUGUGGUUGGACCGAGGAUUGCCGCGGCCCGGUUUUAUAGUUGUCUGUGGUUUCAUUUCUGUCAUUAUUUGUUUUGGUUUUUUGUUCAGUGACAUGGGUCAGGGGAAGUCGACUCCGCUGAGUGCGACUCUUGAUCAUUGGAAAGAGGUCCGAGGACGAGGUUUCGAUCUUUCGGUAAAUGUGAAAAAGGGUCCCUGGCAGACUUUCUGUUCAGCCGAGUGGCCCACUUUUGGUGUUGGUUGGCCGGUCGAUGGUUCUUUUGAUUUAAAUUUGAUUUCCCAGGUUCUCUCCCGAGUUUUCGAGUCCCGGACUGGUCACCCCGAUCAACAACCUUAUAUUCUUGUCUGGCAGGACCUGGCCCAGCGACCUCCUUCGUGGGUCCGGCCCUUCCUCCCGCCAUCUAACCAGUCUCAGGUUCUUGUUUCACAGGUUCGUGGAGUCCCGCAGAAGGCGCCCCUGCGCGACUCCCAAACUGACCUUCUCCUUCUCGACCCGCCUCCUCCCUAUCCUCCUUCUCUGCCCCCAGUUCCCUCCACUCCCCCGGCCCCUCCACCUGUCCAGGCUGCCCAAGGUGGUCCCUCGCAGCACACGCGUAGUCGAAGGACCCAGCCUCCUUGUUCGCCCGAUUCUACGGUCACCUGUCCCCUCCGCCCUCUCGGCCCGCCGCCGCCGCCUCUCGACGACGGCACCCCGGUUCUCCCUCCCUUCAGUAUUGGCCCUUCUCCUCCUCUGAUCUGUAUAACUGGAAAACUAACCACCCUCCGUUCUCUGAGGACCCGUCUAAACUCACCGCUCUGGUUGAGUCCCUCAUGUUUUCUCAUCAACCCACUUGGGAUGAUUGUCAGCAACUUCUCCAGACCCUCUUUACUACAGAGGAAAGAGAGAGAAUUCUCCUAG